CGCCCCUGCGACAAGCACCCCCGCUGCUGUACCGCCACGCCCUGGCAGCGUGCGCGUCGCAGCAGGUCCAACCCAGCACACACGCCACAGCUGGAGGCUACUGCAGUAGCAGUCGUCUAACCAGAAGCGCGCAGGCGUCGAACCUGAGGCAGGCGCGCUAUAUAACCCCCCACCACCCCCCGACCCCAGAGCAGACCCGGGCGCAGAGACCGCUGAAGCUGACAGCGUCGUCGACGGCACUCAAGAGCAUGCAUUCUCCGCCUGGGGGCAGCCACGAAGAUACCGGCUACCGCAGCCUGGGAGUCGAUGAGCUCCAGGAAGAACUGCAUGAUGCGAAGGCUACAGUGACCUCGGUGACUGAUGCGGGAGGAGACGACGAGGAGAAAAUAGGGCCCGACCCUGAGGGAGCAGCAGCGGGAGAAGAAAGGCAAGUUGGCGCGGGAGCUCCAGACCCCUUAGACGACGAGACCCAGAAGGGCGGCGGCGGCGGCGGCGACCAGGAGCCGGCCCAGGAGGCCGCCGAGGGUCUGCAGCCCCAGGACAGGCAGCAACCCUUCUACCUCAAAACCUUCAAGCCGCUGCAACUGCAGGAACUGGAGAACAUUUUCCAGCGCGCUCAAUACCCCGACGUGUUCGUACGAAAGGAGCUCAAAAUAUGCAUGGAUGUGAUCGAAGCCAGCGAGCAAGUUUGGUUUAAGAAUAGGAGGGUCAAGUGGAGGAGACGUCAGAGGGUAUUAAGGUUCAGAAAUAUGCCGCCCCCUGCACCCUGGGACACCCAGUAA